CAGAUUGGUAUAAAAGAUAUCGCGCAGAAGGCAGAUUUAAAAUUUAACUCAUCUUGUCAAACUAACUGCUAUUUAAGGCAUUUAAACUAUAUAAUAAAAAUGAACACCUUUAUGAAAAUUUGUCUCAUGGUCUUUGUUGUCGCUGUUCUCACAGCAUGCUCAGAAGCACAAUAUAAUAACUAUAAUGGCCCUGCAAGAGGUUACCGUGGUCGUGGCGGUUACGGAGGAAGACCUGUAAAUCAAGCAAACCAAGGAGGGGGUCUUUCUCAAAGUAACAAUCAACGUGCUUACAACUCAAACUAUGGCCGAGGAGAUCUUAACAACAAUCAGCAAAAUCAAGGAUCUCAGCAAGGUAAUCAACGAAACCGAAAUGGAGGAUAUCAAUAGCUAUAGAUACUGGGUAUAACCAUGCGUCAACAAAUUAAAAAAAAUAUGUCUGAGCAUCUGAUGUCAUCGUACAUAAAUAAAACAGCUUGUAGAAAUUGUA